ACCCAGGGACUCAUGUUAUUUACAGAGAAGCCUGUUAACCUCAUGCACUCGUUUGAGAUCUCACCGCGACCUACAAACGGGCUGCCAUCCAAACACCGGAGUCAUGGCGCCCUUGUCUCUGCCCCUGUCGUCUCUGUUGAAGCACAGGGACUGUCUCCAGAAGGUGUUCAGUAAUGCAGUGCAGGGUCUACGUCACCGGCCGGCCACAUCUCGCUUAUGGAAACGCAGUUUCGGCGCAGUAACACAUGAAGUCGGUCAACUACUGUCAAGCCAGAGCAGAACCCAAAACUACGCAGCAUCUGUUUGUAGGAGCUCUUCAGGCGGUCCGGACAUGAAAGAGAGGCUGUGGUCUCUUUACAAUGAGACCAAGAGACAGACUGAAGAGUUGAUCCCAGUCUUACACACCAACUCAGUGGACCCUGAUACCAUUUUUGCCAACAAUGAGAUGAGUCUGCGAGACAUAGAGAUCUAUGGCUUUGACUAUGACUACACACUGGCCUUCUACUCCCGACACCUCCACACCCUCAUCUUCAACAUAGCGCGGGACAUCCUCAUCAAUAAUCACAGGUAUCCUGAGGGUCUGCGAAAGUAUGAGUACAUCCCUAAUUUUGCUGUAAGAGGGCUUCACUAUGACGUCCAAAAGGCACUGCUGAUGAAGAUAGAUGCUUUCCACUACAUCCAGUUGGGAACGGUAUACAGGGGUCUUCAUCCAGUUCCUGAGGAGGAGGUCAUCGCCAUGUAUGAAGGCUGUCACGUACCUCUAGAAAUCAUGAGCGACUUCUACGGGAAGAGUUCUCAUGGCCACACAAUGAAACAGUUUAUGGAUAUUUUCUCACUGCCUGAGAUGACCCUCCUGUCCUGCGUGAAUGACUUCUUCAUGAGGCACAACAUUGACUAUGAGCCCGUCCAUCUCUACAAAGACGUAAAGGAAGCCAUUAGAGACGUUCACGUCAAGGGUAUAAUGUACCGCGCUGUGGAGGCAGACAUCGAGAAAUAUAUUUGCUACGGUGAGCAGAGCCACGCUGUGCUGAAGAAGCUGUCAGAGCACGGAAAAAAGAUGUUCCUCAUUACCAACAGUCCAUUUGACUUUGUAGAUCGGGGGAUGAGCUACAUUGUGGGCAAAGACUGGAGGGACCUGUUUGAUGUUGUGAUCGUUCAGGCAGACAAACCUGGCUUCUUCAAUGACAGGAGAAAACCUUUCAGGAGAGUGACAGACAAAGGGGCUCUGCUGUGGGACCGGAUCCACAGGUUGGAUAAAGGGCAGAUCUACAAACAGGGAAAUCUUUAUGAGUUCCUGAGACUGACUGGCUGGAGAGGAUCCAAAGUGCUGUACUUUGGUGAUCACAUCUAUAGUGACUUGGCAGAUCUGACGCUGAAACAUGGCUGGAGGACGGGCGCCAUCAUCCCUGAGCUGAGGAAGGAGAUCAAGAUCAUGAACACAGAGCAGUACAUGCACAUGAUGGCCUGGUUACAGGCACUGACUGGACUCAUCGAACAGAUGCAGGUACACAGGGAUCCAGUCUCUCAGGCUGUGGUUGAGGAGUGGAUCAGUGAAAGAGAAGCCAUGAGGCCACAAACUAAGGACAUCUUCAACAGUCAGUUCGGGAGUCUUUUCCGGACGUACCACAACCCCACCUACUUCUCCCGCCGACUCUCCCGCUUCGCUGACAUCUACAUGGCCUCCAUCAGCUGCCUGCUCAACUACGACUUCCAGCACACUUUCUUCCCUCGCCGCACUCCCCUGCAGCACGAGUCCCCCUUCUGGCCUGAGCACAGUCCUGCGGGUAUCAGCAGCGUCUCCUCGCAGCUCCACAGCUCCAAAGCAGAGUCCGAUUAGAGAGACAGAAUGGAGAGAUCAGAGGUCAAAUGUUCAGACCAGGAUCUCCAUCUGUGGCUUAGGCGUAGGUUUUAUUUUCACAUUUUAAGACGUGGCUCUGUAAAGGGUGCUUGUCACAUUUUAAAGCUUGUGUAAAUCAUGCAACUGUUACUUAUUAAGCUUUAGUUACUCUUUAAAGGCUUUAUAUGCGAUUUUUUUUUUUUUAUCCAGCAGAUGUCGCCUAGAGCACCAGAAAC